UCUUAUAAGGUAUUUGACUUGUCUUGGCUGGGAAUUUCACUUUUCCCCAAAUUUUGCACUUUUCCCCAGAUGGUUCCGAUGGCUCCAUCUGCCGGAGAAGAUAAACAAAAUUGUCCCAAGAGAGUUGCAGUCAUUGGUGCUGGCGUCAGUGGACUUGCUGCAGCAUACAAGUUGAAAAUUCAUGGCUUGGAUGUCACAGUAUUCGAAGCAGAAGGGAGAGCUGGAGGGAAGUUACGAAGCCUGAGUCAAGAUGGCCUAAUAUGGGAUGAAGGCGCAAAUACUAUGACUGAAAGUGAAGGUGAUGUCACAUUUUUGCUUGAUUCGCUUGGACUCCGAGAAAAACAACAAUUUCCACUUUCACAGAACAAGCGCUACAUUGCCAGAAAUGGUACUCCUACUCUGAUACCUUCAAAUCCAAUUGACCUGAUCAAAAGCAAUUUUCUUUCCACUGGAUCAAAGCUUCAGAUGCUUUUCGAGCCACUUUUGUGGAAGAAUAAAAAGCUUACAAAGGUGGCUGACGAACACGAAAGUGUCAGUGGAUUCUUCCAGCGUCAUUUUGGAAAGGAGGUUGUUGACUAUCUAAUUGAUCCUUUUGUUGCUGGAACAUGUGGUGGUGAUCCUGACUCGCUUUCAAUGCACCUUUCGUUUCCAGAGUUGUGGAAUUUAGAGAAAAGGUUUGGCUCAGUCAUAGUUGGGGCAAUUCGAUCCAAGUUAUCACCUAUAAAGGAAAAGAAACAAGGACCACCCAAAACUUCAGUAAAUAAGAAGCGCCAGCGGGGGUCCUUUUCAUUUUUGGGCGGAAUGCAAACACUUACUGACGCAAUAUGCAAUGAUCUCAAAGAAGAUGAACUUAGGCUAAACUCUAGAGUUCUGGAAUUAUCUUGUAGCUGUAGUGGGGACUCUGCGACAGAUAGCUGGUCAAUUUUUUCUGCCUCACCACACAAGCGGCAAGCAGAAGAAGAAUCAUUUGAUGCUGUAAUUAUGACGGCCCCUCUCUGUGACGUUAAGGGUAUGAAGAUUGCUAAGAGAGGAAAUCCAUUUCUGCUCAACUUUAUUCCUGAGGUUGAUUAUGUACCACUAUCUGUUGUUAUAACCACAUUUAAGAAGGAGAGUGUAAAGCAUCCUCUUGAGGGUUUUGGAGUGCUUGUACCUUCCGAGGAGCAAAAACAUGGUCUGAAGACAUUAGGCACCCUCUUCUCUUCUAUGAUGUUUCCAGAUCGUGCACCCAACAAUGUCUAUCUCUAUACUACAUUUGUUGGUGGAAGCCGAAAUAGAGAACUCGCGAAAGCCUCGAGGACUGAGCUGAAAGAGAUAGUAACUUCUGACCUUAAGCAGUUGUUGGGUGCUGAGGGAGAGCCAACAUAUGUGAAUCAUGUAUGCUGGAGUAAAGCAUUUCCGUUGUAUGGGCAUAACUAUGAUUCAGUCCUCGAUGCAAUUGACAAAAUGGAGAAAAAUCUUCCUGGAUUAUUCUAUGCAGGUAACCACAAGGGAGGAUUGUCAGUUGGCAAAGCACUAUCUUCUGGAUGUAAUGCAGCAGAUCUUGUUAUAUCAUAUCUUGAAGCCGUUUCAACGGACACCAAAAACCAUAGCUGAAAUCUAUUCUCUCAUGCAGCUUGCCGUUCUUUGUUCCACAAAAUCGUUUAACUUCAUGACGAGGAGCAACUUUAACGUGCAGCCAAUGACGCAGCUCAAGCACGAAACUGUCUUUCAAAGAGGAGUUGCAUUACUGGAAAAUGAAGUGUUCACAUGUUUAAUUUACACACCUGUUAUGGUAGCUGUUAGUGUUACUAAUAGAUGUUGGUGAUUUUUUAGCAGAUUUUCUUUCGUUGCUUUUACAUCAUACUCAAGGUAAUUAACCAGUCACUUUCCCUUUAAAUGUGUGUCCAAUAAGAGCAAUAGUUUCUUUCUU